UUUCAAUCGCCGCGAAUAUGGACACUGUGAUACAAGAACCGGCCAAGAAGCAACGUAACCCCGCAGAUGAAGCUCUAAAGACACGCCGAGAGCGAAAUCGCAAGGCCCAAGAUGUAUUUCGGAAGCGUCGACAGGCGGCGGAAGAAGCGCAAAGGCGGCGGCUUCAGCACCUCGAGGAGGUCGUUGAAGAAAUGAGCGGCGUGCUCGUUGGCUUCUGCGAUGAGAUGCUCGAGAAUGAAGAGAUUGCGAGGCAUCCAGCCCUCAUGGCUAGUCUCCAGCGCUCGGCUCAUCGGAUCCUGGCAUUGGCGAGAAGCGUCGACACGGACGGGGUUUCCAAGAGUUCAGAGGCAGAUACCAUCAACCACGAAGAUCAAAUUCCACAGCGUGGUUCGAGUUCGAUCAAGGAACCUCUUCCGGGCCACGUACAUUCCAGCGUGCCGCAAGCAUCUCCUAGCUUCGAUGUCGAGAUAGAUAACAUGGAUAACCACCUCUCGGACAAAACAGCACCUCUCAAUCAACGACCAUUAUCGCCCCAAACUCAACAUCUUCUGUGGGCCAUGAACCCGUUCCCACUCCGCCUCGUCGAGACAACCCUUUCCCGAGCAUACCUGUUCCUCAACGGCGAUCUUCAUGUACCUAUCGAAGAGAUCCAUCGAGCCUUUGGCACGGUGCUACACCUCCGAACGCGCGAACAGCUCGCGGCACGCAUGCAGUGGCUGCUCGGACCAGGGAGGAGUGACAUGUACCGAGCGGCGGGGAUAACCCAGGGCAGCAGCACCGCCCAUUCAAGCGGUACGGAGGCACUGGAGGAGGGUUUCCCACACACGUUUUUAUCAUCACUGGGGGAUCGUAUCAGCCGAGGCCCCUCCGACGCAGAUCUCGUUCCGGGCUAUCCUGGCAACCAGGCCGCGCAGCCCGAGUUUCUUACCGCAGUCGGUGUCCAGAAGCAGCUCGAGGGUCUAGGGGCCAAGAUGAUUGACCCAGACACGAUGGAAAUCAGCAUCAGCAGCAGCUCCGCAUUAUCCGGAUCUGGCGUCGACAAGCCGGACGUGGCACUUGGCGCCCCUCCGCUGCUGCACAGUCCGAGGCCAAAGGCUUCGGCACCCCUGAUAAUGCGGCUAAGCGUAUCUCUCCUAACAACCAACCUAGCUCACGUAGCUGUGUGCCUCGGGAAAGGACCUAGGUAUCCGCGAUGGGAAAUGGGACGGGCGGUACAGGCGUCGGUGACACUGGUUCGUGGUGGUGAAGGUGUUGCGAGACAAUAAUACUUAAGACACGGGUUACUGUGAUGUUGUCAAAGAGUAUUGGCUAUAUUCCGCGUUUCAAGUGAGGUGAGUGUAUGGAUGUUGACCAGCGGAACCCGUUUUAGGCCAAGGAGACAUCGGGAAGGAAGUCGGGCAGCUAUCAGAUAUCCGACUAGCCCAUAUGUUCCUCAGAUCGGCGGCGGAGGGGCUUAGAAGGGCCGCAGGGAGCCACUGUUUAUAUUAUACCUGAAGAUUAGAAGCCUGCUCCUUAAUAAUGGGACGUACAUUUCCCAAAAAAAA